GUGGAAUGCAGUGUUUUUGGAUUUGAAAAAUCGCAGAGGGCCCUUCGGCGCGACACGUGCUCUCGCGCAGCAGCCCGAUGGAGUGAUGGUGAAGCAGGAGGCCCGGGACGACGGGUACGAGACGAGCCCGGACCUGGAGAUGAGGAGCAACGGCGGUGACAGCAGUCAGCAAUACCACACCCCGCUGACACCGCACACACCCCACACGCCGCACACACCCUUGACACCCAUUCCGACGACUCCGCACCAGCCUCAGCAGUCCGGAUCGACGGCUGCCACCCUCGGACAGGUGGCGAUAAAGUGCGAGACACCGGUGGACCCGUACUCGUUCGUCGACGAGGAGAUGUCGAUAGGCGGGAUGCGGACGGCGAGCAGUCCGGGCGGAAAUCCGGAGAACAUGACGUGUCCGGGCGGAGCCCACGACGCCCUGGGGACGCCCUCUUCGACGCCGCCCGGAUCGCUGUCCUCGCAGCACCACCAGAUCAUGAGCGUCAUGAACGGCGCCGUCAACCCCCAGCUGGCCCACCAGCCCAAGAAACGGGGUCGCAAGAAAAAGUCGGAGCUUAUUCUCACCCCGGAAGAAGCCGAACUUGCCGAGGCGAAAAAGCGUGCGAAAACGUACAAGGAGAGGAAAAAGCACGACAGGUUCGACGGGAUGCCGGAGGAGGAAGUCAGCAAACGCGUGCUUCCGGACCACCUAACCAGCGACCUCGACAUCAUCAUCAUCGGCAUCAACCCCGGCCUCUUCGCGGCGUACAAGGGUCACCAUUACGCCGGCCCAGGGAAUCAUUUUUGGAAAUGUCUCCAUCUGAGCGGACUGACGCCGGAACCGUUGACCGCGGACGACGACUACAAGUUGCUCCGCCUCGGCAUCGGGUUCACGAACAUGGUCGCCCGCGCCACCAAGGGCAGCGCCGAUCUCACGAGAAAGGAGAUCAAGGAAGGAAGCCACAUACUACUGGAGAAGCUACGGAAGUACAAACCGAAAAUCGCAGUUUUCAAUGGCAAGCUCAUAUACGAGGUGUUUUCUGGAAAGAAGGAAUUUGGCUUCGGUAGACAGCCGAAUCUUGUCGACGGUACCAACACGUACAUGUGGGUGAUGCCUUCGAGUAGCGCCCGUUGCGCUCAAUUACCACGAGCGGCAGACAAGGUCCCAUACUACGCGGCAUUAAAGAAAUUCCGAGAUUACCUAAACGGCACCAUAACGCACCUAGACGAGUCGGACAUCAUAUUCGCCGACUCGAAGCUAAAGAAGAAAGACCAGGACCCGAUCGAGGACAAAAAACCAAUAUUUAACGACGAAUUGACCCCAGACGGGGAAAAUCGUAUGGCAGAUGCAAACGGUACAUUGAUAAAGCAGGAACCAGGGACGAUUCCAGGGAAAAAGAAACGCGGCAGACCGAAAAAGAUAAAAAACCCCGAGGACCAGCCACCACCGGAUCCCGAAAAGUUGGACGCAAAUGGUGAAGUCAUCAAGAAGCGACGAGGUCGCCCGAAGAAGAUACAUCAGCAGCAGAAGCAGCAAGAGAGAGAAGCCAGGGAGAGAGAGCAACAGCAGCAGCAGCAGCAGCAGCAACAACAGCAGCAACACCAGACGAUGUCUCACAUGAACGAUGGCUACGGUAACGCCGUUCCAAAUUGUUUCUCUCCCCCGCUGAUGUCUCCGCCGAAGACGUUCCCACAUAUGGCGCCCUAUACGCAACCCAUGGGCGACUCCGGGUUCUUCGGACAAGGAAUGAGCGACAGCCCGUACAACAUGAGCGCCAAGCAGAGUCCCGUUCAUUUACAGCAUUACAGCCAAAGUCCCAAGUCGAUGUCCCUCUCGUUCACGCACUCGGAUCUCUCCUCCGAGAUCAACACGGCGAUCUCUUCGGAGAACAACCUGGAGCCGUCGCCGUUGACCUCGCCCAGCGUCGAGCAUCCGGAUUUCGAGCCACCGACCAGUAUUUCCCAGCAAAACCUAAACGGUGAUCAUCGUCAAUACAAUCCCGCGGGCAGCGGCGACGGGUCCAUGCAUCACGGGAGUCCCGGGACUCCGUCUCACUCCAGCUACACGAGCUACAUGGGGUACCACGACCAGACCUCGGAAGCGCACAAUCCUCACGCCCAUCAAACGACCUCCACGACCCCCUUGAGUCAGGGCACCGACGACCAUUCUCACCACUCCCACCAGACUCCUCCUCACACGCACCCUCACACGCCCACCCACUCCUCCAUGUCGCCUCAUCAUCCCCACGAGCAGUACGGCAUGAAAAGGAACUCGGGACAGGACGUCGCUUCCAAGAGCCUGAGCGAUCUGGAAUCAUUAGUGGAUCAAAUACCCAGCAUAGCGGAAGGCGGCAACCAGAGAUUGCAACACAACCAUCCGGGGAUCUCCGACGACGGCCUCACCGAGAAGAUGGAGACCCACCAAUCGUUGUACCUGUCCGGAUUCUCCGGGACCGGGAUGUCCAACUACAGUCCGCCUCUGCCCCCCGCGGGGGGCAUAUACCCGGGCUCGCUCCACCAUUCCCCCAGCGACAACUACGGCUCGAUAUACGGAAUGAACGGUCGCCAUCAUCCUCACGCGGAGACGCAGCAGCACCAGCAGCAGCACAGCAAGUCGUACACCGUGGAGAACCUGGCGUCCAGCAACUACACGCCCAGCAUGAGUCACGCUCACCCCGGAAACUCGUACCCCAACAUCAUCCCGGGGCCGCACUACCCGGUGCCGAUGGGCUCGACCAACGGGUACCUCUUCGGCAGCCUCGAGUCUAGUCUGAUGCAGCGCACCUACGGGAUGAGCGGGAUGAGCGGGAUGAGCGGGAUGGGCGGGAUGCACCCGUCCCUGGGCCACAUGGCCAACCCCUACCCCUACAACGGUUCUUACUCGAGUUCCUUCGACGCGUAUCCGGCGCCGCCCACGGGCAUCCACGCGCCCAGUGCGAACUACCCGGGGUAUCCGGGAGCCGGUGGACCCGCUUCCGGCAGCUCCCCGUCGCCCUCUUACCUCCCGAGCCACCACAGGCCACCGGUCGACCUCGCCUACGACGGUGUAUGAUAAUCAAUGUAAACCGGUGCGCUAUCCUCGGCAGGAUACUUUUUUACAUAUUUUUACACUCCGCUAGGAAGUACCCCGGGGGUACUCCCAGCGGCACGGUUCGCGGACUGGCCACGGAGAGUGCUCGGAACUGGCCGGCCGGGGGGCCAGGGCGCCUCGAAUGGCAGCCCAGGGGGUCGCCGCCACCCCGCCGGCGAGGCCAUCGGUCUAGCAAACGAGAGAGCUCAGAGCUUAAUCCAGAACACGCAACGAAGUAGCUUUUAAUGACGACCGCUAUUGCGCUCGCGGUGUGCACCGGCGACGGCGACGACGACCGCCACGACGGCCCGGAAGAUCGGCCGCGUGCGGUCGAACACCCUACCGGAUCGGAACACCCCCCUGAGCCCAGGAUGCGCCCCUUCCAAGGAACCCUCACGUGGAUGGUCUUCGGCGUCCGGCGAACCUCUGGCAGUCCUGCCCUGAGCUUGGAACCGGGGCUAAGUAUCGCGUCCUCCGAUUACGUCGGCACGUCGAUCGAGCAAUAACGACUCAGGAUCCGCCAAGGACGAGCCACCCUGACGAGGGAGGAAGGACGACGAGCGUGCGUAGCGACGACCCGUCAUGUGGAACAUGUGGGCCUUUCGGUUACUUUCGGCUACGCGCGAUUCGUGACGAUUACCCCGUUGCGGAUCGUCCCUAUUCGACGGCGAUGGCGUCGGACCCAGCGCAUCCUGGUCUCCGUUUAGAAAUUCUUCGACAUUGAAAACAUACGGCAUACCUUGCUAUCACGGUCCCGAGUCUUCGAUGGUCGCGUCUUUUAGGCCACUUGCCUCCGCACCGGCAAACCCGGAACCGGCACCGGCUCCGAUCUAUGGGGGAGGUACCCGAGAAAGCAAAGAACAGCUCACCGGCGCCGGCGAGGUUCAACGGGCGGGUGAAAGUUCACUUAUGAUUACAGUAGAAUCGGCAUGCCGGUCGCUGUUCCGGCACGCCGGACGACCGGACCGGCAACUGAGCCGGACUGGAGACUGCCGGAUUACGUGUGCAAGCUCCCAUUUAUUUAUGUCGCAUCCAGAAAGAACGCCGGCAUCGGCUUUUCCACAAAACAAUGUAACUCAUUUAUUUACAUUAUUACCAUAAAAAAAUCAUUAUUACCAUAAAAAUUCUCCGGAUACAAUGUAAAUGAAUGAAAGCUUACACGCGUAAUCCGGCGUUUCUAAUGCAAUUUUAUGUGAACUUGCACACGCUUGUCGAAACUCACCGGCGUCGGUACACUAUUAAUUACUUUCUCGGAUACCUUCUCAUGCUUCAGAGCCGGCACCGGUGAAAAUGAUCAAUGCCCGGCGCCGGCGCCGGUUCCGCUUUUGCCGGUAUGGGUGCAAACGGUCUUAGGCUGGUUCGGAACUCGGAUAAGAGAAGACUUUCCUCGAGGAGCUGCGUUCCUAUGUCCGGCAGACCCUUGCAGUUUCUGAAAAACAAAAGUGGAACGUUAAUCGGUGCCAUUCUUGAUAAACGUGCGACGAAUGGAACCGUGUUCUGGCAUCGCGCAACAGAGAACUCGUUCCAAGUAUACCGUAACGCUAACCUCGUUGUUGUUAUUGUUAUUGUUGUUAUAAUUGCCAUCGUUAUUAUUAUUAUUACCGCAAUCACCGGCAUCAUCGUCACCGUCAUUAUUCUCAUCCUGUCACCCUCAUUGUCGUUAAUAUUAAUAUUAUUGUAAUUAUUGCUAUUAUUGUUAUUACGAUCAUGAUCAUCGGCAUCGUCGUCGCCAUCACCGUAUUAUUAUCUUUGCCGCUGUUCAAGAGAGGCAUUCUCUUGUCGCUCCUGGCUCGUUAUAAGUAGCUCAUAAUAUUUCUUUACGUAAGUUACGUAAUAACUCGUGCGUGUCAUUUAAAAGAGACAAAAUACCGCGGGCUGAUUCGCUGGCGAUAUUAUAUAGGAUAAAUAUAUACAGUGUGUGAUCUACGUGUGCGUAAGAUAUCCGCAAGCACCCUUAUACAGGACUGUUAAACAUGUCUAGGCUAAUUUGUAGGCUAAACUUAAUGUGUAAAGAAUCUUACAGAAAUGUGAGAGAACGUUCAUUUCAGAAAGUUUCGAACCGAAAUAUACCGAAUACGUUGCGGAUGUUUCGCGGAUAUCUGUUAUAUGUUUCGGACCUUAUAUGGAGAAUUGAUCAAAUAGCGGUAUUUUGUCCUCUUUAGGAUCGUUUACUCCUUUCUACAUUACGCGCGACACGACUUAACGUUGGCUAGUCGACUUUGCUUUCUUUGUAAACGUUCGACAGUGGGAUAAACUACCCACGAAUGAUUUUUAAGAUUAUCAUUUCAACUAGUCACAUCACAAAUCCGCGUGACAUUGACACGAAGAAAAUGCCCUAGUAGCACCGGAUAAUUUCUAAGUAUUUGUUUCUAAUCUUUGUUAAAUAUCCCGAGCGACAGAUUUUUUUAAGAUGUCUUGUAGAUUUCAUUUGAAGAUAUAGACGAAUAUUAUGUGCUACUAUCUAUUCGAAAAUCAUCUUAAUUAUCAUAUGUGGGUAUUGCGCCUUCCUUAAAUCGUUUCACAGUUAUCGUUCACGAUUUUCAGUCGAUUGAGAUUUUUAAAGAUUGUUUCAAAUUUUUUCAAAAUAACCAUUAUUUUGCUGUUGAUUUUUGGAGCGUAGAAAGGAAAUGCCAUUAUCGAUGAUCGAUAGUUAUACUUUUUCACCUUAGACUAAUCUAAGGUAUCGAGUAUGUAUUGAUGUCAUUAAUUGACUUUCUUUACCUUUCCUGAAAUCGAUAGACGUUAUCUUGGCAGUGAGGUUUUGUCUAAAGAAUAGAUUCGACUGCGAACUCUCGAAUUUUAGGAAUCAAAAGAAGCAAUCAAAAUACGAAGUUAAGCUCAUUUUAUUCGAUUAUGUUCUUUUAGUAACGCUAGUAAUAUUAUAUAUCCAAGUAUAUCUUCCCGUGAUUCAACUUUUCUAAAUUUCUUACGUAGAAUUUAAAUCUCUAUCUUUAUUAAAAUAUUUCUACCUAUAUCAAAACAAUUGUCCCUGAAUUUGCGCGAAUGGAAAUCGCGUUGCAUAAAGUCUGUCAGUGCAAAAGCAAAGAAAAAAAAAACAUUGGAAAUAAAAACCGCGUAAAUUGUGUUAUAAUUUACCGGGUAAAAAAAGGAGCCGCGUAAAUUGAGGGAGGAGUGUACAUGAAAUCAUACUUCUUACACUUUCAUACAAUAAAAAAGUAUGUCAAAUAACAAGUCGCAAACAUUGAUACAUAUUGUGGAAUCAAGUUAGAUCCAUUGUGCACACUUUAAUGGAAAUCAUGUUAAUUCUUUGUAUUUUCUUCGGUUAGCUUUUCACGAGUCUCUUCGAAUCUACCAUUUGCAAACAACUAGAUUUGUACAUGCUCAUGACAUUCUGUUUUCCCCCGAGGGUUUCUCAAAACGUAGGUGUCGAUCGUCAGAAGGGGAGGCGAAAGAGAGUAUAUUAAUUUACACGUACAUAAGCGAUUCGUUUAAACCGAUGAAAUGUCAAAUCGGCACUAAAAAACGUCCUCAGGAGUCGUGCCGGGGAUAGGAAGAGGAGAAAGUCGGAUCGAAAAUCCAAGACUGUCGUUUUCAUCUAGCUUUCCUAAUUACGGUGCUCGUCCAUCUCAUACUUCGUUGUACAUAGAAAGAAAAAAAAAAAAAGAUUAAAGAAGUAUGACUAGACUCGGAGGCUGAAAAUCCGCGGCAUAAGUUCGCUCGUCCUCGGGUAAUUAAUCAGAGAUAAGCAGCACUGGUUCCUUUUCUCGUUGUCCGCACAUCUUGCAAUUAGCGAGAAUAGUUAUAUUCUUGGAACCUAUUCGAAUCUCGAAAUUGGCCGAGGAACAUUUUCACGUUAAACUCCCUAAUAAUUCGUCAAAAGCGUUCCUAUUUUUCUUCAGACAGAUUCCUGCUGGUUUUAUCCCCGACAUUUAUAUUAAAUUCGGUACAAUUUGGACCCUGAGGAAAAAAAGUGUCAUUGAACCAAAGAAAUACUUCCUCGAAUAGUAUUAAAGAAAUAUUCUGGUAAUUCGAAGAAUAAUUCUUUAACUCAAAUAAACUCGAAUAAACCGGAUGCAACGUACCGUUCAAAGAAAUAUUUCUUUGGUUAAUUUAAUUUCUUUCCCUCGAUGGAGCAUUUUGAGUACACCAAAAAAUCAGAAUUACUUCAUUUUAAAUACCAUUCCGUAACAAACUGCCAAUAUCGUAUUUUACGAAAAAGAGUUAAAUUUUGGCCCCAUCGUGAGAUCUCAUUCUCGGAAGGGAGUCCACAAAAUGAUUGUUGAGUUUCAAUUAACAAGAUCCUUGUUAGUUCCCGAGGCUUCCCGUAACAUUGUCUUCGCCAAUUAAUCGCGUAAAAUGGCCGACUACGUACCUGUGGAUUUAUCCCAGAUUUUCGAGGUUCUCAGAAUAGACUAAUUCUCGCGUAUCGGUCGGGUUUGCUGGCGUAAUCGAAGCCCGUAACCAAUGCUACUGAUUUCUGUAGGCAAUACGUUAAUUAAGGAAAUUUCGACUUUAGGCUAAGAAUUGAAAGAGUUCACCUGCACUUCCCGUUGGUUCGUUGGGAUCGUCCAACGCGUUACCACGUUUUAUAAUCGAACGGGAUACCGUUACCAUUACGAGUGUCACUGUGCCGUCAUUGUUACUAUCAUUGUCAGUAUCGUUGUCAAUAAGAUCCAAUUUACUGUCGACGUCGUGCUAGCCCUCUCGUCCGAACGAAACUCGUCGUCGCCGUCGUCGAAGGCUACUAUUAUUUAUCGUUACUGUCCAUUAUUGCUAGCAUACAAACAAAUGAUAUAUAUAAAUAUUUAUAUAUAUAUAUAUUGCAAUAUCGUAAUGAUAAUCUCGAGUUGCAUUGCGUUACGUUACGUUACGUUGCAUCAAGAUUCUAUUCUAUUGCAUUUCACCCACACUUUUUAAACGUCGUCGGUCGAUGCGAAGCAUCGCGAAAGCUCCUCUGUCGCUAUUAACGCUGUAAAAUGACGCAUCGGCAUGAUUAUACAUAAUUAUAAAUAUAAAUAUAUAUAUACAGAUAUAUAUAUAAAUAUAAUGUAUAAAUAUUAUAUUGAAAUAGCUACUACUCGAGUAACAUGUAUCGAAUAAUCACAUAUAGAAUGUGUCGAGACAUUAAGAUGAUGCACAGGGUAUAGAUGAAGUCGUUGAUAUAAUAACUGAUGUCUAUAUAUAUAAAUGUUUUUUUCGUUUUAUCGGCCUCAACAAGUGAAUCAAUAAUAAAAGUCGAGAACUUAGUAAAUGUUUUUCAGAGUCCAUUCCGUUUACCGAUAUAACAGAGAUGGGGCGAGAGAAUGGGAGAGAGAGAGAGAAAGAGAGAGAACGUGCGCGAAGGAAAUAUAAGAUAUAGGUGUCAUCGGUGUUAAUAAUUAUCCAUCGAUUACUCGGGUCGCAGGUCGCGAUUCGCCGGGCCGAUGGUUAGUCGACUAAUUCAUUGUAAAUUGACGGAAAUAAAUUAGGAGUAAGUACAUAAAA